UUGGUGAGGCUGAGAACAAAGACCAGGGAUGGAUGAAGAAGCCCCUGUAUCCUGUGUAGGCCACGGGUCCAGGUGCCGCGGUUCCGACCGUCAGGGACCGGGGAGAGGCUGUGAGGAUCUCCGCUCUGCCGUCUCUACUGUAGCCACCGCGCCGUCCGGGCCGCCGGCCGCAUCGAUGAUCGGGGUGAAGUCCUCCGUCGAGCCGCCGACCGCUGGAAUACAGACGGCGCCACCCACUCCGGUGGGUCUGCAACAGACGGCGCCACCCACUCCGGUGGGUCUGCAACAGGCGGCGCCAUCCAUUCCGGUGGGUCUGCAACAGACGGCGCCAUCCACUGCGGUGGGUCUGCAACAGACGGCGCCAUCAUCUCCGGUGGGCCAGCAGCAGACGGCGCCGCCAUCCUCUCCGGUGGGCCAGCAGCAGAGGGCACCACCAUCCUCUCCGGUGGGACAGCAGCAGAGGGCGCCACCAUCCUCUCCGGUGGGCCAGUAGCAGAGGGCGCCAUCCACUGCGGUGGGUCUGCAACAGAUGGCGCCAUCAUCUC